AUGGGAGACUUACAUCCACCCACCGAAUCACGGGAAUUCAAGGAGGAUGACAAAGAGGACGAGCCUUUCCCUUACACCGAGUUGGACCGGAUUGGCCUCGCUCAGAAGGACGAGGACUUCAAGCUCCAUACCUGGGAGGAUUUGAGAAUAAUCAUAGGUAAGCGAGAGCUCGCAUUCUGUUGCACUGGCUCUUCUUUCCAAUGCCCCACCAUAUCACCCGCUUACACUGGCCAAGACACAAACAAACUGGAUGUCCUCACCCGGAAGCCCUCAGACCUUCGCCGCUACACCUCAUGGUGCCGUCAAGUUAAGAAAGAGUAUGGCGGCGUCAGUGACUAUGUCAUGCAACAUCGUCUUCCAUGGGGAUCACCUCCGUUUACAUAUCUCUCCUCCACUCCCUUAGCAGAGCCGGCAGAUUAUAAGAUUUUGCUCAACGACUGGCCAUACGGAUUCACAGAUGAUAUCACUCACAUUGUGGUAUGGAGUAAGACUCCAAUUGCCACGGAAGAGGUCUCGGGUGAUGUGACACCUGAGUCUAGGAGAGUGUUGAGUGAGUUCGUGAAGAAGACGUUUGUGGAUAGAUUGGGUGGUGACGAAGACCGGGUUUUGUGGUUCAAAAACUGGGUUCAUUUGCAGAGUGUGAGAGCCUUAGAGCACUUCCACGUUUUGGUCAGACAUGCAACCAAAGAGGAGUUGGAGUUCUGGACGGGAGAGCAUAAAUAG